AUGUCUUUGUUUGACGACCUUUUUGCCACGGAGGAGGAGCCCCAAAAACCAAAAACUACAAUUGAGUACACCCAGAAAAAUGGAGAGGUCAUUCUGGUGACACUGGUGGGAUCGUCACCUCUGUACGGCCAUAUUCUCACCAAUGCAUGUAAAUCACUAGCCAGACAAUUGGAGAAUAAUCCUCAGCUGGUGGUUGGACGCACGGUGCUCGAGUUUGGAGCGGGCGGAGCGCUGCCGUCUCUGCUGAGCGCCAAACUGGGUGCAAAGAAAGUUCUCGCCACAGACUAUCCAGACCCAGACCUCGUAUCAAACAUACAGCAUAACAUCGAACAAAAUAAAUUACAUAAUUGCACUGCCAAGGGCUACAUCUGGGGCAACGACGUCGAAGAAUUGAUGCAGGAACUGCCUCAAGGCCAUAAAACGUUCGACGUGCUUUUGUUGAGUGAUGUGAUUUUCAACCACACCGAACAAAGAAAGCUCCUGCAGAGCUGCAAGCUGCUGGUGACGCCUCAGACGGGCCGUGUGCUCGUCCCAUUCUCGCCCCACAGACCCAAACUACUUGCCGCGGACCUCAAUUUCUUUGAGCUUGCCCAAGAGUACGGAUUCGAGGUGUUUGACGAAGGAAUUGAGAUGUGGUCUCCGCUGUUCAAGGACGACCAGGACGAGACUACAGCCGAAUUACGCAGCCGCGUGUACAAGUAUUCGAUGAGGCUGGUGCGAGGUGUUGACGACAAUUAG